AUGGACAUGAUGAAGGAGAGUGACUAUGCUGUCCUUCUGGAUAACAAGCUUGGGCAGAGGAGGUUCGAUGGUGGCUACGUGCACAAUGGCUUGCUUAAGGCUGCCGAGUGGGUUUUCGAUGCUGAGUGUGAUGUUCUGAAGGACCUUCUGGAGAGGAAUCCUGGUUAUACGCUCACAUUUGCUGGGCAUUCUCUUGGCUCUGGUGUGGUGUCAAUGCUAGCUUUGCUGGCAGUGCACAACAGGGAGUUACUGGGUGGCAUAGACAGGAAGAGGAUACGAUGUUUUGCAAUGGCACCAGCCCGAUGUAUGUCACUCAAUUUGGCUGUCCGUUAUGCGGAUGUCAUCAAUGCAGUGAUUCUUCAGGAUGAUUUUUUGCCUCGCACAGACAUUCCUUUGGAAGACAUCUUCAAGUCACUCUUCUGCUUACCAUGCCUUCUAUGUGGAAGGUGCCUAAUAGACACCUGUAUACCUGAAAGUGUGAUGUUGAGAGAUCCAAGACGCCUUUAUGCACCUGGUAGGCUUUACCACAUUGUUGAAAGGAAACCUUUCAGAUGUGGAAGAUACCCCCCUCUUGUGAGAACAGCAGUUCCGGUGGAUGGGAGAUUUGAACGCAUUGUUCUCUCUUGCAACGCAACAUCUGACCAUGCUAUUAUAUGGAUAGAAAGAGAGGCCCAAAGAGCAUUAGAUUUAUUGCUGGAGAAUGAGAAGACCAUGCAAGCACCUGAAGUUCAAAGGAUGAGCGAUGAUAUCACUGUAACAAGAGAUCACGACGAGGAGCAGCAGGAGGCGCUGAGGCGUGCGAUCACGCUAGGGGUUGCUGAUAUAAAAAUGCCAUCAGCAUAUGGUACGUUCGAUGAAAACCCUACUGAAGCAGCUGAGGCCCCGCUGCUACCAGACAGCGGAAGGCGCAGGGCAGUAUGGGAGGAGUGGAUCGCAAGGAUCUUCGAGAAGGAUGAAUCUGGGCAAAUGGUUCCACGGAGAUGA